GGGGCGGCGCGGAGACCGCCAAGCUGGGGGGCUCUCCGGGCAGGCGCGGCUGCGGGCAGGAGGGCGUGUCUCCAGCCGGAGGGGACCCUCCCGAGACGCGGCGCGGGACUCCCCGAUGGUGGUGCCGCCGCUCCAGGAGAGCUCAGGGUCUUGCCUCCGCCGCCGUCGCCGCCGCCGCCGCGGGCGCCACCACCACCACCGCCGCCCGCCGCCGCCGCCGUCGCCCGAGCCCGCGCCGAGCGUGCGCCUCGCCCUCCUCCCGCGCCCGCUCUGCUCUAGGAUGCUGCGGCAGGUUCUGCACAGGGGGCUUGAGGACGUGUUUCCUCCCCGGCUUGGCCACUUCAUUGCCAGUCACCCGGUCUUCUUCGCUUCGGCGCCGGUGCUCAUCUCCAUCCUGCUCGGCGCCAGCUUCAGCCGCUACCAGGUCGAAGAGAGCGUGGAGCACCUGCUGGCGCCCCAGCACAGCCUAGCCAAGAUCGAGCGCAACCUAGUCAACAGCCUCUUCCCGGUCAACCGCUCCAAGCACCGGCUCUACUCGGACCUGCAGACCCCUGGGCGCUACGGCCGGGUCAUCGUCACCUCCUUCCAGAAAGCCAACAUGCUGGACCAGCAUCACACGGACCUGAUCUUAAAGUUGCAUACUGCUGUAACCAAGAUCCAGGUUCCAAGGCCUGGCUUCAACUAUACGUUUGCCCACAUAUGUGUCCUGAAUAAUGAUAAGACUUGCAUUGUGGAUGACAUAGUACAUGUCCUGGAAGAGCUAAAGAAUGCUCGGGCCACCAAUCGGACCAAUUUUGCUAUCACGUAUCCGAUCACUCACUUAAAGGAUGGAAGGGCUGUCUAUAACGGGCACCAACUUGGAGGUGUCACUGUACACAGCAAGGAUCGGGUGAAAUCUGCGGAAGCCAUUCAGCUCACUUACUAUCUGCAGUCAAUCAACAGUCUCAAUGACAUGGUAGCUGAGAGGUGGGAGUCCAGCUUCUGUGACACUGUCAAACUAUUCCAGAAAUCCAACAGUAAAGUCAAAAUAUACCCGUACACAUCCUCAUCACUGAGGGAAGAUUUCCAGAAGACCAGCCGUGUAUCAGAACGUUACCUGGUCACCAGCCUGAUUCUGGUAGUCACCAUGGCCAUCCUCUGCUGCUCUAUGCAGGACUGUGUCCGCAGCAAACCCUGGUUAGGCCUACUUGGAUUGGUGACCAUAAGCCUAGCCACUCUCACUGCAGCUGGAAUCAUCAAUCUUACUGGUGGGAAAUACAAUUCCACCUUCCUGGGAGUCCCUUUCGUCAUGCUAGGUCAUGGAUUAUACGGGACUUUUGAAAUGUUAUCCUCGUGGAGGAAAACUAGAGAGGACCAACAUGUUAAAGAGCGAACUGCAGAAGUCUAUGCAGACUCCAUGCUUUCCUUCUCUCUCACCACUGCCAUGUACUUGGUCACCUUUGGCAUAGGGGCCAGCCCUUUCACGAACAUUGAGGCAGCCAGGAUUUUCUGCUGCAAUUCCUGUAUUGCAAUCCUCUUCAACUACCUCUAUGUACUCUCAUUUUAUGGUUCCAGCCUUGUGUUCACUGGCUACAUAGAAAACAAUUACCAGCAUAGUAUAUUCUGUAGAAAAGUUCCAAAGCCUGAGGUAUUGCAGGAGAAGCCAGCAUGGUAUAGGUUUCUUCUGACAGCUAGAUUCAGUGAGGACACAGCUGAAGGCGAGGAAGCAAACACUUAUGAGAGUCACCUAUUGGUAUGUUUCCUCAAGCGCUAUUACUGUGACUGGAUAACCAACACCUAUGUCAAGCCUUUUGUAGUCCUCUUUUACCUUAUUUAUAUUUCCUUUGCCUUAAUGGGCUAUCUGCAGGUCAGUGAAGGGUCAGACCUUAGUAACAUCGUAGCAACUGCAACACAAACCAUUGAGUACACUACUGCCCAGCAAAAGUACUUUAGCAACUACAGUCCUGUUAUUGGGUUUUACAUAUAUGAGUCCAUAGAAUAUUGGAACUCUAGCGUCCAAGAAGAUGUUCUAGAGUACACUAAGGGGUUUGUGCGGAUAUCCUGGUUUGAAAGCUAUUUAAAUUAUCUUCGGAAACUCAAUGUAUCCACUGACUUACCUAAGAAAAAUUUCACAGACAUGUUAAGGAAUUCUUUCCUGAAAGCUCCUCAAUUUUCACAUUUUCAAGAGGACAUCAUCUUCUCUAAAAAGUACAAUGAUGAGGUUGAUGUAGUGGCCUCUAGAAUGUUUUUGGUGGCCAAGACCAUGGAAACAAACAGAGAAGAACUCUAUGAUCUCUUGGAGACCCUGAGGAGGCUUUCAGUCACCUCCAAGGUGAAAUUCAUUGUCUUUAAUCCGUCUUUUGUGUACAUGGAUCGAUAUGCCUCCUCUCUGGGAGCCCCCCUGCACAACUCCUGCAUCAGUGCUUUGUUCCUGCUCUUCUUCUCGGCAUUCCUGGUGGCAGAUUCGCUGAUUAAUGUCUGGAUCACUCUAACAGUUAUAUCUGUGGAGUUUGGAGUGAUAGGCUUCAUGACAUUAUGGAAGGUCGAACUGGACUGCAUUUCUGUGCUAUGCUUAAUCUAUGGAAUUAACUACACAAUUGACAAUUGUGCUCCACUGUUAUCCACAUUCGUUCUGGGAAAGGAUUUUACAAGAACUAAAUGGGUAAAAAAUGCCCUGGAAGUGCAUGGGGUAGCUAUUUUGCAGAGUUACCUCUGUUAUAUUGUUGGUCUAUUUCCUCUUGCAGCUGUGCCUUCAAAUCUGACCUGUACACUGUUCAGGUGCUUGUUUUUAAUAGCAUUUGUCACCUUCUUUCACUGCUUUGCCAUUUUACCUGUGAUACUGACUUUCCUGCCACCCUCUAAGAAAAAAAGGAAAGAGAAGAAAAAUCCUGAAAACCGGGAGGAAAUUGAGUGUGUCGAAAUGGUGGAUAUUGAUAGCACCCGAGUGGUUGACCAGAUUACCACAGUGUGAUAGUAUCUGCUUCAUAUAUUUUUCACCCUAGGUCUUACCAAGAACAAAAGGCUUAUGUUGAUGAAACAUAGUCAAAGUUGCUCUGUUUUCAAAAGUAAGAAACAGGCACUGAAAAAAAAAGUAAAAAAGUAAAAGAUGAGGAUAACAACAUUAAAGCAAAAGAGUUGCUUUAAAAAAGAAUUUACGUGCACAUACGCGCGCACACACGUGCGCACACACACACACACACACACACACAGGAAGCAGAGUGUUUUACAUAAGAUCAAACAGAGGAAAUCUUAUUAAUAAGCAAGAUCCCAUUUUACCCACACUGCAGAAGUUACUGGUAUUGUAAUAAAGUGCAACUGAUUGCAAGGUCAGCUGCCAUGAUGAAAAUAUCUUUAAGCAUUGUUCAAAAGAACAAGGCUUCCUAAACUUCUGCAGGGUUGUAACUCUACUUAGGUUCUGUGGUUUGAAGUCUUCAUUGUCUCAUCUACCACCUCAACACUGAAGGAGAUUCUGUAAAAGUUCUCAUCACCAAGAGGAAGCCAGGACCUCUGAAGCAGAUUCAAUAGACUGAACAUCAUUCACAAAUUGAAAUUGAGUUACCCCAAAUUCACUUAGGUGAGCCAAGUUUAUUUUUUUUCAUGAAUUAACUUGUCAUAUUCCUCCACUGAUACACUUUUAACACCUGUAUGGUUUAGUUAAUGCACCCAGAAAUCAAUGACAGCUCCAGCACUACAGAAUUGGGGCAAUUCUAUUUUAGAAUAUCUUGUUACUUGUCAUCAGAUGGGUCUACUUUAUAAGUUACAGCUUUUGGCAGGAACCUCUGAGGGUGCAAAGCCACAGAGCCAAACCCAAAUGGCUGGCAUGUUGGAAGAAAAGCAGGUGUCUAUUUGAACCUACAGAGUAUCUCUUUAUUAACAAAAAAGAAGAGCUGGCUGGUACAGAUGUUUGUGGUUUGACCUUAUAUGCACUUUUGCAUAGAUGCCCAGAAACAACAUCUGCCCAUGUAUCUGAGGAAAAGAAAAUAAACACUAAAAUCGUUAUUAGCCAAAAAGUACCAGAAUGGCUUUGUUGUAAGAUGACUUCUACUUGACUUAGUGGAGAAGAGGAAGAUCUUUGGUAAGUCUAAGUCCUGGCAAUGAGCCACUUUAUAAAAGUGCUGGUAGACAAAGGGCUCAAAGGAAAAUAAGUGGAAAUUCCUGGAUAACAAUAAUCACCACUACAAACCUAUCCAUAACUGCAGCCAAAUUCCCCUGCUAUACUGGCUGUACCUCAUCUUCCUGGUCCCCUAAAAAGCCUUUUUGCUAUCUCUCUACUUCAUCAUAAGGCCCUCUGUACAUUAACAUGCCCAGAUAUUUAUACAGUUCAACAGUUAUAUCUACAAUGGCAAUGAUUCAUAGAUCUAAACAAAGACAGUUUGAUAUGAAGGGGUAUGUAUGCUGCCCUCAGCCCCCUGUAUUUCUUUAAAUCCAUAAAAUGAAGCCAAACCCUGGGUUACAUUUGAGGCAAAAAGCUACAAUGUCUUUCAUUUUUAGAGAUGUAGCUUCCAUGCCAUCUCUAAUGGUAAGCAUUUCCAAAAGGCUUAUUACCUUUCAGGACCUUAGUAGAUAUAUUGUAACAUUUCCCCAUCUUCCAUAGAGGGGGAAGCAGGCCUUGAAGAAUGAAAUAACUUACCCAGGUUGCACUGCUAGUGGAGUUCCAUCAUUUCAGCAUGGCUAAGACAGGGCAGGGCAAUUACAGAUUUUCUCAUAAGGUAGCUACUACCCCUUCCAAAUAUAUAUGUAAGGUAAGAACAUAAGGCUUCAUUGGUCAUGGAACAAACAUAUUUUUAAUGUCUGGAAGGAAAACACUUCGGAUUUAGGUUGGCUACUAUCCUUCUAAACAGCGAAAAAGCCCAAAUGAUUGUGAUGUAACCACACCAAGUGAGUAUCUGUGCUUUCGCUCUCAUGUGCUUUUGUCUAUAAAGCUCUAACAAAUAUGCUGGGGAUUGUAGCUAGUGCAUCACACACAUGCUCAGUCCCCCCUGCAGACACACUAAUCAGUCAUACCAAUGUGUUGCUCACUGAACAAGAAGAUGAGGAGCUUUACAUCUAAAGACAAGUAUACUAUUCACAAAAGGGCAAGUUUGCAUAGUUGAUGUACUCUCAAUCAAUUUUCUCUCUUAUGGGCCUGCAACUAGGCAAUUAUUUAUAAAACACAACUGAAGAAGGGAUUGGUUUUAUUCUGAAAUUAUAUGCUGCUAAACCAUUUUCUGAAGAGUGUUUCUAAAUCUGCCAUUGAUUUAGUGUCAACCAUGUGAAUUCACAAAACUGACACAACACAUGCACCAAUUAAACGGAUUUUGUUGAGAAUUUAAUCAUCAAUUUGGUCAACCAGAAUGACUUACUGUGGAACUUUGUUUUAUGACAGUAGUUUUCCAACUUGAUUGAGUCUCUGUGUAUCUUGAGAUGUUGUAUUUUUAAAUGAAGGGCAUUUUCAAACUUGUCAACUUCUCUUUUCAGCACUUGAAAUCAAGGUUUAUGAAAUUCUGACUGUGAAAUGAAUUUUUCUAUUGGAGGACUGCAUGCCAAGAUUUAUUUAUUGUUAGGCAAUGAUUAUGUAUUUGUUGAUAUUUAUUAUUGAUUGUUGAUUAUGCUCUGACAACAUUGGUAUAACCCCACCAUGGAGAAGACACUGUAGAAAUAUCUCAAAAAUUUUAACUCUUCAUAAAUUUUGCUUUUUAAAUUGCUAAAAGGGAAGGAAUGAUCUCAGCAAAAAAUUAAUUUUUUUCUUUUAAUUAAUUCCAACCAAGACAUUAAUGUCCCCACUUUACCAAAGAAACUCAUUUGGUUGGUUUUAAGUUGGUGUUUGGUGUCCAUUUACCAAAGAAAAUGUUCCAUUCAUCAGAAAUAUUUUUCCUGGUCAACUAAAAUACUGUGAUACUUGGGCCUUCAGAAGGAAAACAGGAAAAGCCAAAGUAAGAGGAAUGAUAUUCUCUCAUUCAGUGGAGUUCAGCAGAAGAUGUGAAUUUGCAAAGAAACUGGGGUUUACAAGAAAGAAAAUGACAAUUGAAAUUGGACAUUAUUAUUCAGACAUAUAGUAAUGCUCCAACAAGUACCAUGAGGGAUUCACAGGCUAACAGUACAGUUUGUUCCAGAGAAAAUGUAAAACAAACCCUCAUGAAAAUUCCUGUCCAUUGUUCCUGCUAAUAAUUCUUUUUUUGUUGUUUGUUUGUUUGUUUGGGGUUGGGUUGGUUUUGCUUGUUUGAUUAAUGGGGUUGGCUGGGUUUUAUUUUGAUUGGGGAAGGGGUUGUCUUCAUUUUGCUCUUGUUUAGUUUGUGGGUUUUGUUCAUGUGGCUUCUGCUUUUCUUACCACUUUCACCAUUUUCAGUUAUAAGUGAGAUAAUUAGAGGCCUCCUCCAUGGCCACAGUUAUUCAUGCAAUUUACUGCUCUAAAAAGACCCUUGAAAAACUCUUUAUUUUGAGUAACCACUGCCCAAUUUUCUGUGGCAUUCUAAGACUAUGACACUACCUUCCUUCAGCCCCAGCAACAGACCUUGGCUGUGUCCCUCAUGAGAACAGGUCAAAUGGAGAGUCAUCUUCGGGGUGUGGUAUGGUAUGAGGCAAAGCCUCUUGAACACAAAUGGUACCCUCUUCAUAAUGGCUUUAUUCCUUUGGAUCUUAUUAAAGUAUCCCUGCAGCUUGUA